CUCUAAAGACAGACAAGAAAACGGGCGAACGCACUGGAGUGUGACGAGUCCUGGGGACACUCACCUACAGCAAGAGCAGGAUAGGUGCUGACCCAUAUGAAAGGCAUGGCUGAGAGGCUGAGAGGGCUUUCUCUGCCCUGGAGCGGAGAGCUCAGCACAGCACAAUGAAGCUUUUCACAGGCCUCAUUCUCUGCUCCUUGGUGCUGGGAGUCCACAGCCGAUGGUUUUCCUUCCUUGGCGAGGCUUAUGAAGGGGCUAAAGACAUGUGGCGAGCGUACUCUGACAUGAAAGAAGCCAAUUACAAAAAUUCCGAUAAGUACUUCCACGCCCGGGGCAACUAUGACGCUGCCCAAAGGGGACCUGGGGGCGUCUGGGCUGCUGAAGUGAUCAGCGAUGCCAGGGAGAAUGUUCAGAGAGUCACAGACCUUUUUAAGCAUGGAGACAGUGGCCACGGACGGGAGGACUCGGAGGCCGACCAGGUGGCCAAUAGAAUGGGCCGGAGCGGCGUAGACCCCAAUUACUUCCGACCUCCUGGCCUGCCCGACAAGUACUGA